GUCGGCACUAGCUGUGGCGUGUAGAAGGGAGACUCCGUUGAAUGCUUAGGUGAUGCGCAGCAGUAGGCAGCAUCGUUGUAAUUUUAGGUGGCAGCACCAGUCAAUUUAGCAUCUUUUAAAUACAAUUUUCAAAAAUGGCUGGUAAACGACAGGGAAAAACAAACUUGAAGCCUGAGGUUGCAGAAGAGUUGAGAAAAACCAUUUCAUCGCUUCUUCAGGAGAUUGAAAGUAUUCUUCAUGCUGCAGAAGAUGGCUUUAAUUUGGUGAACUCAACUAAAACUGAAAUCGAUUGGACUCAAAACAUAGCAGGAUGGAUGACAACUUGCGGAAAAUAUAUUGCAAAUUUAAGGGAAAUAUUAAACGGACCUAAUUCUUCAGCAGGAAGCCAAAAAUGUAUUAACCUAAUUCAGCAAUUUAUUUGUCUGAAUACAAAGUUUGAAUUUUAUUUGAAACAAGGAUUUGGAAUGGGAGAAAAUUCAAAAAAAUCAGAAUCUCCAGCGGUAGAAAUGGAUAACAUUACAGAUCGUGUUCGUUGGAGCAAUUGCAAGAGUGCUUUCAAAUGUCGUCUUCAAACUAGUUUCAUUAUUAACUUGGUACACAUAGAUGUAAAGUCAACGUAA